AUGCAUUUCUCACUUAGAUAUAUUUUCCUUAUACAGGCUUUUAGCCUCCUGACCAGCUGUGAAAAAUCAGAGAUCGAGGAAGAAAAAAUCAAAAUCGAAGUUGUACAUGUCCCAAGUGUCUGCACGCAGAAGAGCAAAAGAGGAGAUCUGGUCAAUGCACAUUAUGAUGGGUUUUUAGCCACAGAUCUGUCCAAAUUUUACUGCAGUCGCAGUGAAAGAGAUGGUCACCCGAAGUGGUUUGUUCUUGGAGUUGGACAAGUGAUUAAGGGCCUCGAUAUUGCAUUGAUGGACAUGUGCCCUGGAGAAAAAAGGAAAGUGGUCAUUCCUCCUUCUCUAGCUUAUGGAGAGCAAGGCUAUGUAUUAGACAAAAUUCCACCUAAUGCAACUCUGAUCUUUGAAAUUGAGUUGUAUGGAAUCAGCAAAGGGCCACGCAGCGUUGAGGCAUUCCAACAAAUUGAUAUGAACAAUGAUAAUCAACUUUCCAAAGAGGAGAUAAGUCAUUAUUUAACAGAAGAAUUUAGGAAAGAUGGAAAACAGCGAGCUCCUUCCGAACAUGGCCGGAUUUUAACUGACAUAUUUAAGAAAAAUGACCACAACAAUGAUGGCAUCAUAUCAGCAAAGGAGUAUAAUGUUUAUAGGCACGAUGAAUUAUAG